CUACCCCCACUCCCCCUCCCCCUUCUCACCAGUCCCCUCCGCCUCCCCCUUACAACAGGCGGGCAAGCCCAUCAAAAAGGGGCCUGCGUUCAUCUUGUCGUCUCUCGGUGCCUGCAGCGUGGAGCGUCCGUUCCCCGGUUCCCGAAAAAACGUCGCCGGAGGAGCGUGGGGAACGGUUGGGGGGAAAAUAAAAACAGGGGGAAGGGGAGGUGGACCGGAUCGAUCUGAUAUCCUCGGAGAUGUAAAAUAAUUUUACAGCGGCUGAGAGAGGGAGAGAGACUGUCUGCAUUCCUGCCUUGAGCUGUUUGAUGAUUCUCUAUCUGUGCGUGUACGUGCACAGUGCAAUAUUACUUUGCACAGUUCUUCCAGCUAUGAACAUUAAGGUAUUGCAAACCGUUUGGACUUAAAAAGAGAGGCCGACCCCCCCCCCCCGCCACUCUAAAGCACAGUUCCCGGAGGAUGGUGCUGGAAAACUUCUUCCUUUACGCCCGGUGACUGGAGCAUGCAGCCGAGACGGCCGUAUUCACGCCGGUCGCCGACCCGCCGUGGGCUCUCUCCUAGCCGGCUCGCCUCCUCUCCAGCCCCCGAUCCACGGCGCGCCCCCCUCGUUCGAAAGACUUGAAGUGUUAUGAAGGAAGUCAUUAACAUUUGUUCCAUGAGAGGCCAAUAAUCUGACGUGUGAAACAGUGUCUGCCAAGAGAAAAAACAAGAUUAAAGGAUCAGAAGAUGUCAUCAUCUGUCUGGAAGCUUUGGGUCUUGUGGUGGUUUAUUGUCCUUGGUGGGUGGAUACCGUUCACAAAAGGCUUCAGCCGAGCUGCCUUGCCUUUUGGCCUGGUCAGGCGAGAACUGUCCUGUGAGGGUUACCCUAUCGACCUUCGUUGUCCCGGGAGCGAUGUCAUCGUGAUCGAGAGCGCCAACUACGGACGGACAGACAACAAGAUCUGCGAUGCUGACCUCUUCCAAAUGGAAAAUGUGGAGUGUUACCUCCCGGACGCUUUCAAGAUCAUGACGCAGAGGUGCAACAACCGAACACAGUGCAUUGUGAUCACAGGAUCUGAUGUGUUUCCGGACCCUUGCCCUGGAACGUACAAGUACCUUGAGGUUCAAUAUGAAUGUGUACCCUACAUUUUUGUGUGCCCCGGGACAUUGAAAGGGAUUGUGGAGUCAGCCUACGUAACGGAAGCUGAGCAGCAGUCUGGUGCCUGGUGCAAAGACCCCCUACAGGCUGGAGACAAGAUCUACUACAUGCCAUGGACGCCGUACCGCACAGACACGCUGAUGGAGUAUGCCUCACUGGAGGACUUCACUUCUGGCCGCCACACCACCACUUACAAGCUGCCCCACCGUGUCGACGGAACUGGCUUUGUGGUGUACGACGGGGCGGUCUUCUUCAACAAGGAGCGGACGAGGAACAUUGUCAAGUAUGACCUGCGGACCCGGAUCAAAAGUGGCGAGGCCAUCAUCGCCAAUGCCAACUACCACGACACCUCGCCCUACAGGUGGGGGGGCAAGUCUGACAUCGACCUGGCAGUGGACGAGAAUGGCCUGUGGGUCAUCUAUGCCACCGAGCAGAACAAUGGGAUGAUGGUGGUGAGCCAGCUCAACCCGUACACGCUGCGGUUUGAGGGCACCUGGGACACAUCGUACGACAAGCGUUCGGCCUCCAACGCUUUCAUGAUCUGCGGCGUGCUCUACGUGGUCCGGUCGGUGUAUGAGGACAACGAGAGUGAGACAGGCAAGAACUCUAUUGACUAUGCCUACAACACUAACCUCAACAGAGAGGAGUAUGUAGACAUCCCCUUUCCCAACCCCUACCAGCACGUGGCUGCUGUGGAUUACAACCCACGGGACAAUCUACUGUAUGUCUGGAAUAACUACUUCAUACUGCGGUACACCUUGGAAUUUGGACCUCCCGACCCUGCACAAGUGCCCACAACGGUGGAGACGACUCCCCCGGGGGUGACGCGUGCCAGGACCACUGCUGUGACCACAACUACCAGCGCCGCUGAGAGAGCUCUGGCCACCACCACCCUGGCAGCAGGCGCCAAGGAGGGCGGCCAAGGGGCCAGGCCAGGGCUCCACGGUGUGGGCACAAGGCCGCCCCCGGUGUCCAGCACCUUCCCCCUCCCCGAGAGGUUCUGUGAAGUUACGGAAGCCAGGGGCAUAGGCUGGCCUCGGAGCCAGAGAGGCACCAUGGUGGAGCGCCCCUGUCCCAAAGGCACUCGAGGCACAGCCACUUACCUCUGUGUAAUCACCACUGGCACAUGGAACCCAAAGGGCCCGGACUUGAGCAACUGUACCUCGCACUGGGUGAAUCAGGUGGCUCAGAAGAUCAGGAGCGGAGAGAAUGCUGCUAACCUAGCAAAUGAGCUGGCUAAGCACACCAAAGGACCCAUUUUCGCGGGAGAUGUCAGCUCGUCAGUCAGGCUUAUGGAGCAGCUGGUCGACAUCCUGGAUGCCCAGCUCCAGGAACUGCGGCCGAGCGAGAAGGACACGCUGGGGCGCAGCUUUACCAAGCUCCAAAGAAGAGACAAGACUUGCAGAGGAUAUAUUAAGGCCAUCGUGGACACCGUAGACAAUCUGCUGAGACCGGAGGCGCUGCAGUCCUGGAGGGACAUGAACACCACUGAGCAGGCCCAUGCCGCCACCCUGCUCCUCGACACCCUGGAGGAGGGGGCCUUCGUCCUCGCAGACAACCUCAUCGAGCCAACAACUGUCACGGUGCCCACCGAGAACAUAGUGCUGGAGGUCGGUGUGUUGAGCACAGAAGGCCAAGUUAAGGACCUGAAAUUUCCCCAGGGUUACAUGGGAGGAAACUCCAUUCAGCUUUCCGGAAACACCAUAAAACAGAACAGUCGAACUGCGAAGUUGGUGUUCACACUGUACAAAAGUCUGGGGCAGUUCCUGACCACGGAGAAUGCAACAAUCAAGGUGGCAGGGGACGGUACGGGGCGGAACUACACCGUUGCAGUGAACUCACACAUCAUCGCCGCGUCGAUCAACAAGGAGUCGAGCCGCAUCUAUGUGACAGAGCCGGUGGUCUUCACGUUGGAACACAUCGAUCCUGAUAACUACUUCAAUGCAAACUGCUCAUUCUGGAGCUACUCGGAACGAACGAUGAUGGGGUUUUGGUCCACUCAGGGCUGUAAGCUGAUCGACACCAACAGGACCCACACAAAGUGCGAAUGCAGGCACCUGACCAAUUUUGCCAUCAUCAUGGCCCACAAGGAGAUUGAGUUCACCAACGAAAUGCAUGAACUAAUCCUCUCCAUGAUCACCUGGGUGGGAAUCAUCAUCUCCCUCGUCUGCCUGGGCAUUUGCAUCUUCACCUUCUGCUUCUUCCGAGGCCUCCAAAGCGACCGGAACACCAUCCACAAGAACCUGUGCAUCAACCUGUUUGUCGCGGAAUUCAUCUUCCUGGUGGGCGUCAAUAAGGUGAACUACCAGAUCGCCUGCUCCAUUUUUGCUGGGGUUCUACAUUUCUUCUUCCUGGCUGCCUUCAUUUGGAUGUGCUUAGAAGGUGUGCAGCUCUAUCUGAUGCUGGUGGAGGUCUUUGAGAGCGAAUACUCUCGGAAAAAAUACUUCUACCUCUGCGGCUACCUCAUUCCCGCUAUUAUCGUCGGAGUCUCAGCGGCCAUCGACUACAAGAGCUACGGGACGAGGAAAGCUUGCUGGCUUAGGAACGAUAAUCAUUUCAUCUGGAGUUUCAUUGGACCAGUUACGUUCAUCAUUGUGGUCAACAUCUUCUUCCUGAUCGUCACCGUCUACAAAAUGGUGAAGCACACGCCGACACUGAAACCUGACUCCAGCAGGUUGGAGAACAUCAAGUCCUGGGUUAUGGGUGCCUUUGCUCUUCUCUGUUUGCUUGGCUUGGCUUGGGGAUUUGGUUUGCUUUUCAUCAACGAGGAGUCCAUUGUCAUGGCCUAUCUCUUCACAAUCUUCAACACUUUCCAGGGGAUGUUUAUUUUUAUAUUUCACUGUGCUCUGCAGAAAAAGGUCCGCAAGGAAUACCUGAAGUGUUUCCGUUACGCCAACUGCUGCGGCAGGCUCACCACCGAGAGCUCGCACAGCUCAGCAAAGCCCUCCACCAACAGGACCAGUGCCCGCUACUCUUCCGGCAGCCAGAGUCGCAUCAGAAGGAUGUGGAACGACACUGUGCGAAAACAAUCAGAAUCUUCCUUUAUCUCAGGUGAAAUCAACAGUACCUCGACGUUAAACCAAGGGAGCCGAGGAGGAGGUGUCAGCGUGGGAAUGGGACAGAGGAGUAAACGAUCAGGCCACUGGAAGUGCCAUUUCCCCUCGCAGACUGAACAGGACAAUCAGCAACAGCUGCCACCCAAUUUGCUUUUUGGUUUCCCCGAAUCAGAAGAUACCACAUCAUGAGCAGUUCAGCACUGGACGCAUCACCAAGAGCAACACGUUAAUUCAGAAUAUAAUUUGCUUAUGGAGGGGUUAUAAAACUGGAAAGUGAUCAUUAAGGCAGAAACUGGGUCUUCCUUGAUACUAGGCCAUUCCUUGUGGCCAUUCUUUUUCACUUUCCUCUUGGAAGUCACAUAGCUCCUGCACAACUGUGCAAACUAAAGUCCAUUUUUCCAUGAUUCAGUAAUACCCACAACGCCAUACAUGCCAAUUUGUAACUGUGCUACAAGUUCAACUAACUUAUUCCGUAUUUUUCUUGCCUGUUACUCUGCUGGCGUACAGGGCAGUAAUGAAGGUCCUCAAACUCUGGCAUUGUUCAGGGCUUCCUUCAUGUCAGUAGCUUCCUCUCAGGUUUCACUACUGUCAGUCAUGCAAGACCCACAUGAAAACUUGGGAAUACCAUUACACUCAGAUUCUUCAUUGCUGUUAGCCCUGAGCUGAACACACAAACCUAGAGGACCAGUGGACCACUCUUAGGCUGGCCUCUAACCUUUGACCUGGGUGACCCUGCCAAGAGCCUAAGCAUAAAGCCCGACUGCAGCCAGCAAAGCUCUCCGGGUCAUGGAGGCAUGCAAGCCUUCAAACCCAACCACAAGGUUGCGUUCUCUUGGAGGUUCGUACACUACAUGCACUCAAAUAUAACACCUUCAGUCCUAUGUUCGUCACCCCUUUUGCUUUCAGCCCCCUGUUAGACUUCAAUUCAUCCCAUUGACUGUAAAUUUUCCUUAUUUGCCAGUUCUUCCUGACAAUCUCACUGCCUCUGUUUGUAAACCAGCUAACCCCAUCCUCAGCCCUAUCACUCCAGUUCCAAACUCUCUGCCAAAUUAGUUGACACCCUCCCGAACAACUCUAGCCCAGCUCACAAGAAUAUUGCCCCCACCCUCCCUCAGGUUCCCUUUGCUACAGGUCCUACCUUCCCCAAAAGACAUCCAAUGGUCCAAAAAUCUGAAACCCCUGCCCCCUGCAUCAGUUCCCCAGGCACAUAUUCAUCUGCCGAAUCACCCUCACUGUCACAGUUUUUGUGGAUCUUCCUUCCCCUACCUCUUUGUGAGGAAGCAAAUCUACUCUAGUUCUCACUUCAGUGUCCUUUCCAUCUGAAUUCAGAAUCAGGUUUAUUAUCACUGACAUAAUGUUGUGAAAUGUUGUUGUUUUGUGGCAGCAGUACAGUCCAAUACACAAAAUAUUACUAAACAUAUAUAAAUUGCUAUAAGUUACAAAAUGUAAAAUAAAUUGUGCAUAAAGCAAGCAAAGUGGUCUUCAUGCAUUCAGAAAUCUGCUGGCUGAGGGGGAAGAAUCUGCUCCUAAAACACUGAGUGUUUGUCUUCAGGCUCCUGUACCACCUUCAUGAUAGUAGCAACGAGAAGAGGGCAUACACAGUACAAAGUAACUUUUAUUAUCGAAGUACAUACACGUCAUCAUAUACAACCCUGAGAUACACUCAACAAACCUAUAAAAUAGUAACUAUAACAGAAUCAAUGAAUGACCACCCAGCUAGGGCUUUCAAGCUGAGUGCAGAAAAUAACAAACUGAAAAUGUAAAAAGAAGAAAUAAUAAUAUAAAUAAGUAAUAAAUCUCAGGAACGUGAGAUGAAGAGUCAUUGAAAGUGAGUCCACAGGUUGUGGGAACAUUUCAAUGAUGGGGCAAAUGAAAUUAUCCCCUUUGUGCAAGAGCCUGAUGGUUGAGGAGUAAUAACUGUUCCUGAACCUGGUUGGCAUGUCCUGGAUACUGAGGGAUGUUAAUGGUGGAGGUGUCACCCCUUGAAGAUGUCCUGGAUACUGAGGAGUCUCGUGCCCAUGAUGGAGCUGCCUCGGCAGCUUUUUUUUGACUGUGCAGUGGCCUCUCCAUACAAGGUGGUGAUGCAUGAUGUGGCCUGGUGUUUAUUAAGAGGGCAAGGAUAACGGUUAAAGAUUUGCUUAAUUGGUCACAUGUACAUCGAAACAUACAUUGAAGUGUGCCAUUUGUGUCAAUGACUGACACAGUCUAAGGUCUGUGCUGGAGGCAGCCCACAAGCGUGGCCACGUCCACAACUGACUAAUCCUAACCAGAGCACCUGGGGGAACCCCACACGGUCACAGGGAAAACGUACAUGCAGCGAUGGGAAUUGAACCUGUAAGCAUUAUACUAACCGCCAUGCUAUCACACUGUGUUCUCUCAUUCCCUUGUCUGUGUGAGAUUUGAUGAGAUUAAUGAAGAAAAAACUGAACUGACGCCUCUUUUUUUUCUGU